UUUAUUUUGAAGAGACCGCCCGGAAACGGCUUGUUUGUUUCACUUCUGUAACUUGGUGCAGAACUGAGAAGAUGGCGGCGCUCCGGGUCGUGGCGCUCUCCGGGACUGGGAGAGCUCUCCUCAGUACGGGGAACACUCUCAAGACUCCCAAGGCCAACAUGUCUUUCGCCAGUCUGACAUGCAAGAAGAAGGUUGCCCUAACAACAGUGGGCGUGGUCACAGCUGGUGGUGCCGGGCUCGCUCUGAUGCUCCACCAGUCUGUGAAAGCCUCUGAGUUGGAGCUCCACCCUCCCAACUACCCCUGGAGCCACUCCGGACUCCUGUCCUCUCUGGACCACGCCAGUAUUCGUCGUGGCUACCAGGUGUAUAAGCAGGUGUGUUCAGCCUGCCAUAGUAUGGAGUACCUGGCCUUCAGAAACCUGGUGGGAGUGUCGCACACAGAGGACGAGGUCAAGGCCAUGGCUGAAGAGGUUGAAGUUGUGGAUGGUCCUGAUGAGAACGGCGAGAUGUUCACCAGACCAGGAAAGCUUUCAGACUACUUCCCAAAGCCCUACUCCAACCCUGAAGCAGCCCGUGCUGCCAACAACGGAGCUCUCCCUCCUGACCUCAGCUACAUCAUCAAUGCCAGACAUGGAGGUGAAGACUACGUCUUCAGCCUGUUGACGGGUUACUGUGACCCCCCUGCAGGAGUCUCGGUGAGAGAAGGACUUUACUACAACCCCUACUUCCCUGGUCAGGCUAUCGGCAUGGCUCCACCCAUUUACAAUGAGAUUCUUGAGUAUGACGACGGAACCUCAGCCACCAUGAGUCAGGUUGCUAAAGAUGUGUGUACUUUCCUGCGAUGGGCCGCCGAGCCAGAGCAUGACCAACGUAAACGCAUGGGACUGAAGCUGCUGAUGGGCUCUGCUAUCCUUAUCCCGCUGCUCUACUACUUGAAGCGACACAGAUGGUCGGUGCUGAAGAGCAGGAAGAUUGCCUACAGGCCUCCCAAGUAAUGGAAAACAAACAUAUUCCCAACCUAGACCUAAAGAAGAGGCGGUGCGUUCAAGAGCCCCACAAGGCCUACCCCAGGAUCAUCGUUUGAACACAAUAACUGAUAAACAUGGCAUGUUGUGAGAGGAGAACUACUGGGAUAAAUAUGUUGAUUUCAGUGAGAAAUGCCUUUUUUUUUGUUGACAGGAUGAUAGAAUCAGUUGUGUGAGAAAACACAUCCUGGUGAGAUUUGUGGCGUUCUUGAACGCACCCUGGUCAGAGUUCAUCUCCAGCAGCAGGUCACAUCUUUGCAUCUUGUUUCGGCUGCUUUGUCACGGUUGACUGAUAAGUUCUGUAAGAUACUGGAUGCUGAAACUCUGAUAUGGGUCUGGAUACAAGUCUGGUUCUGUCAAUUCAUCUUUUGCUGUCCUUCAGAAAGUCUGACUUAAACCUGUUUUACUGUAUAAAAUAAAUUGUUCUAAAGGAA